UGACUUGCGACUAUAGUAAUGUUAUUUAUUAUUUACGCGUUUAUUGUCCAGCCGGUUUUUAAUCGCCCUUAAAGUGUGAAUCGGAUACAUAUCUCCACCAUGUUGAUUUAUUCCUCAUUAGGAUGACCCAUCGUGCUGCUUAUUUGCCGGACCUUGGAGUUCGAGGAGUUCUGCAUUGGGGUGUUUUGUGUGUCAAAUAUCUCCCUUCUGCCUUUUUGUCUUUUGAAUUUCGCGGCUAUGUACAAAGCGCUGCAGAGCUCGUAUCUGGCAAGUCUAUACAUGAUUUGAAAGGUCUAGACAUGACCUACAAAACGACGCUAUGCAUGAUUAGUUUGGAUAUUGCGUUCAACAGUUAUAGACGUGUAAACAUGGAGUUCACUAACGCCGAAAUUCGCGCUAUUUUAAAGUUUUCCUUCGUUAAAGGCAAAUCCGCUAGAGAAACGUUCCGUGAGAUUAAUGGUGUUUUGGGGGAUUCAGAGCCGGUGAAAACGACACCAUGGAUAAGCCACCCGGCGGAAGACCUGUGACGACAAAUACCGAUAAAAUCAUGGAAUACACCGAGUUAGACCGGCAUGUGGCAUCUCGUGACAUCGCCCAGGAGAUGGAAGUUAGUCACCAAACCAUUUUAAACCAUCUGCAGACGGCUGGAUACAAAAAAAAGCUUGAUGUGUGGGUGCCGCAUGAUUUGACGCAAAAAAAACCUUCUGGACCCAAUCAACGCCUGCGAUAUGCUGCUGAAACGGAACGAACUCGACCCAUUCUUGAAGCGAAUGGUGACUGGCGACGAAAAAUGGAUCACGAAAUGGAUGGCGAAACAUGUUAAACUCUACAUAUAAAAUUGUAAAUCCAAUAUACAAUGAAUUACGUAUUCACAAAUGAAAGUAAUAACAAAGUAAAAUAGUUGUAUGCAGUCAGUUCGUUUCGAGCCUUGAAAUCGAUAAGACAUACUUCCGUAAACUCUAAUCUAUAUAUAUAUAAAAGAAAGUCGUGUUGGUUACCUCCAUUAUAACUAUAGAACUGCUAAUCCAAUUUAGCUAAAAAUUGGUGGAGAGGUAGCUUAGAGCCAGGAGAAGGUAGUGGGAUACUUUUUGAAAUGAAAACUUUUCUAAAAAGGCACUAAACGACACUAAAAAGAGACAAACAUAUUUGCGUAUAUGGAUUACCUUGCGGGAGAAUAAGAGAACGCAAAUACAAAGUUUUCUAUUAUCCCCGUCUCCUCUUUGUGCGAUGCUUCGUAGCUUCCCCCCUAAGCAUAGACGUGUGUAUGUGUGUGUUGAAGUACUAGGAUACUUUUUGAAGUGAAAACUCCUUUAGAGAACACUAAACGACACGAAAAGGAAACAAACAUAUUCGCUUAUAUGGUUUAGGCUAUGGGAAAAAAGAGCACACAAAUAUAAUAUUUUCUAUUAUCUCCGUCUCCUCUUUAUGCGAUGCUUCAUAGCUUCCCCCUUCCCCCUGUGUGUUUGCACCGCAAACAGAAGAGCGGCAGAAGUUUUCCAACUUCUCAGGAAUUCUGUGUGGUGUGUUAUUUAGUGCCGAUAGUGCGUCGCCGCGGACGUAGACAAUAAAUAUGUGGGAUCAUUUGUGGGAUCGGUGAGUGUGAGUGCAGUUAGAUGAUUUAGAUAUUUGACGGUAUUAUUAAUGCAACGACACUUGGUUUAUUUCACGAUGUAUGUUUAUUAAGAAGUCUUGUAGAGAAGUGUAAAGUAAGAAGUAUGAAGAGAAGUGUAAAGUAAGAAGUGUAGUGAAGAACUGUCUUUCCUAAACCCUUGUCACUCACCAGCAACCCUUCAGGUUGAUGGGUGGUGACAAGAAAUUUGGAAGUAGGAAGAAAGUAAUAGAUUCGAUUGGUAGAAAGUGUAUGACAUUGAAGAGGGAAAGCUGACCAUUGGAUUCUGGGAAUCCGAGCCGUGCCAAACCGUCCGACUCGGGGAUUAGGUUUUUCAAGGUAAUAAAAGACAUUAGGAAAUUUGGGAAUUUUGGAUGAAGAAUUACGGUAUACAAUAAAGAUGAAGAAAGUUAUAAAGUUUUGAAAUAUAGAAAUAAUCGUUGGGUAAAGAUCCCCACAAAUACAUUAGGCUAUACAAUGGUGCAAUAACAAGAAUAACAUCAUCUUCUAUCUAUAUAUAUAAAAUUUGCGUGUCACAGUGUUUGUUUCCAUACUCCUCCGAAACGGCUUUACCGAUUUUUACCAAAUUUUAUAUGCGUAUUCAGUAGGUCUGAGAAUCGGCUAACAUCUAUUUUUCAUACCCCUAAGUGAUAAGGGUUGUUCACCCUUAACUUUUUUUUAAAUUUUUGGACAAAUUCUUUUGUUUUUAUUUUUUUUAUAAUGUGGAAUUAAAA